UUGAACGUGCUUUCACGUUUUACUCGAGUUCGUUGAGGAGAUGCGGUGUAUGUUUUGGUUAUACAAAGCUGUUUUUAUCAUAAUAUUCAAUAAUCAAUUAUCAGGUGUGAACAUGUAUUUUUCUUCUCUAUGCUCAUGAUCUAUUUCCCUGCGCGCAUAUGACAGACAAGCGUGUAUUAAUCCUGCUGUAGGACUGACUCAUUGCUGCCAGCACUUAACAGUUACAGUAGGUCAAACAACCCCCUAAUAUGAACGAGUCACUCAGAAAAACGAAUCAUGACUCUCGAGUCAGGAAAAAAAGAGUCGUUCAAAAAGAACGAAUCGUUAGCGAACUGCACAUCACUACAGAGAACCACCAAGAGGACAACUAUGGACUGAAAACCAUCGAAAGGGGCAAUACACCGACUGGAAAUGUUCAAGUACGUCGCAAUAUAUCUAAAUGUAUAUCAUGAACACAGAUAUGAUUCCAAAAUUCACCUCGAAAGACGAGGAGAUUGACUUCUGGAAGACUCUUUCCCUCAAGUACAAGAAAAAUUGCCAGGAGGCCCAGGAGGAGCUGCUGGAGUUUCAGGAGGGCAGCAGAGAGCUGGAGGCAGAACUGGAGACCCAGCUGGGCCAGGCCGAGCACCGCACGAGAGUCCUGCACACUGAAAACAGCAGACUUAAGAACGAGGUGGACUCACUCAAGGAAAAAAUGGAGCAGCAGUAUGCCCAGAGCUACAAACAGAUCAACAUGCUGGAGGAUGACCUGGGACAGACCCGGGGCAUCAAGGAGCAGCUCCACAAAUACGUGCGGGAGCUCGAGCAGUCCAACGACGACCUAGAAAGAGCCAAGAGGGCUACAAUUGUGUCCCUGGAGGACUUUGAGCAGCGUCUGAACCAGGCUAUCGAGAGGAACGCCUUCCUGGAGAGCGAGCUGGAUGAGAAGGAGUCCGUCCUGGUCUCAGUGCAGAGAUUGAAAGACGAGGCCAGAGACCUGCGUCAGGAGCUCGCCGUCCGAGAGCGAAGUACGGACGUAACCAGGAUGUCGGCGCCCACCUCACCCAUCCAGGAGGACAAUGACAAGAUGGAUUACUCUGUCCAGGCCUCACUGUCUCUCCCCGCAACGCCGCUCGCACAGAGUCUGGACAAUGCCUUCGCCAACACCACAGAGUUGUCCAAUGUCCUUGGUAACUCGCUGACUCCCUCUGCUAGAAUAUCAGCCCUCAACAUCGUCAGUGACUUGCUACGGAAAGUGGGGGCUCUGGAGUCUAAGCUGACAGCCUGCAGGAACUUUGCCAAGGACCAGAAAGCCAGGAACUCUUAUGCCAUCACGGAAAACGGAAAUGUGAUCAACGGCAACACAGCCAAGUUCUCCCAUACACUCCACACGACAUCGUCAUACUACGACAAAACCAGGGCGGUGAAUGGCCUGGACCCUGGCACACUGACAGCCAUCACAGCACCCCCCUCUCCCUCCCCCCCUGACCUACUGCCUCUCAUUGUGUGAUGGUGACAGACAGUACCACUGCCAAGCCCCCCCCGCCCCCCCAACACCUUCCUCCUCCCUUCUGCCAAUGGACAAGAAUAUGUCUUAAAACAGAAAACAGAGGACAUAAAAAUGGCCGGCACGAUUAAACACUUUUCACAUACUGUAAUACUGGCCCCUCUUUGCAGUCACUACAUAUUAACAGGCUGUCUUUGUGUCAUUCUGACCCUUUAGUGCUUGUGGGGCUAUUGUAGAGGAAACGGUGAGGGAUUCAAAUAUACAUUGAGUGUACAAAACAUUAAGAACACUUCCUAAUGUUCAGUUUUACCCCUUCCCUUUUGCCCUCAGAACAGCCACAAUUAAUCUGGGCAUGGACUCUACAAGGUUUCGAAAGCAUUCCACAGGGAUACUGGCCCAUGUUGACUCCAAUGCUUCCCAGAGUUGUCAAGUUGGCUGGAUGUCCUUUGGGUGGUGGAUCAUUCUUGAUAUACAUUGGAAACUGUUGAGCAUGAAAAACCCGGCAGGGUUGCAGUUCUUGACACAAACCGGUGCGACUGGCACCUACUACCAUACCCCAUUCAAAGGCACUUAAAUCUUUUGUCUUCCCAUUCACCCUCUGAAUGGCACACAUACACAACCAAUGUGUCACUUGUCUCAAGGCUUAAAAAAAACGUAUUUAACCCUUCUCCUCCCCUUCAUCUACACUGAUUUGAAGUGGAUUUAACAAGUGACAUCAAUAAGGGAUCAUAGCUUUCACCUGAAUUCACCUGGUCAGUCCAUGUCAUGGAAGGAGCGGGUGUUCAUAAUGUUUUGUACACUCUGUAUGUUUUAUUUAACCGUUGCGAUUUGUUAGUGCGUGGCAAGAGAUACUGUACCAGUUGAGAGACUAUAGAUUAGCCAGAGUCAGAAGAAAUAAGAUGCACAUGUCUGUAUUACUGUAUCUAGCAGCUUUGCCUCAGGCUGUGGAGAGACCCUAUCUCCUGCAACUUUCCAUCUGUUAUUUUCCAUUUAUGAAUGGAAAACUACGGUUAAUGACUUGGCAGCUGGCACAGGGGUGUAGAUGUGUUUAAUAGCCUGGAAUGAUCCUUCACCACAUGGACCUGCUCCUAACAAGCUGACAUAUUGCCCAUCAAUAAUUGAUGGUGGUUUAAAUAUCCUACGGCAACCUCAUCUGCCUUUCUGACCUUGAGUUUAAUUCCAGUAACCAUUUGAAGAAUCUAAUAUUUUACAGUUUUGUUUUAUUUGUGUGUCCGUGUUAAAAUUGAAUGGAAACCGUAAACGUGUUGGCUUAAACAUGUUCUAAUCUAAAGGGAUGAUGAAGGAAAUCCUCCUUGUCUCGUUGUGGUGAGUAUUCUGGGCUUCCUGCUCUGUUUAACCAUAUGACAACGUGCACAGUAUUGGUCAUAUUGAUCACAUAUUUAAACAUGUCCACUUGAGUGGUGCUGUCAUGGUGUUUUAGACCACUUUUGACAGUUUUGGGAUUUUAACUUAAAGUUUUUCUUAAUUUUCAGUGUUAUGUUAUUGAAGAAGAAAAAAAGGUUAUACAGUGCAUUCAAAGUAUUCAGACCCCUUGACAUUUUCCACAUUUUGUUACGUUACAGCCUUAAUCUAAAAGGGAUUCAAUAGUUUUUUUCCCUUAUCAAUACACCAUAGUGACUAAGGAAAAACAGGUUUUUAGAGUAAAAAAAAAAAAUGAAAUAUCACAUUUGCACAAGUAUUCAGACUCUUUAUUCAGUACUUUGUUAAAGCACCUUUGGCAGCGAUUACAGCCUUGAGUCUUCUUUGGUAUGACGCUACAACCUUGGCACACCUGUAUUUGGGGAGUUUCUCCCAUUCUCUGCAAGAUCCUCAAGCUCUGUCAGGUUGGAUGGGGAACGUCGCUGCCCAGUUACUUUCAGGUUUCUCCAGAGAUGUUAGAUCAGGUUCAAGUCCGGGCUCUGGCUAGGCCACUCAAGGACAUUCAGAGACUUGUCCCAAAGUCACUCCUGUGAUGUCUUGGCUAGGUGCUUAGGGUUGUCCUGUUGGAAGGUGAACCUUCUCCCCAGUCUGAGUGCUCUGGAGCAGGUUUUCAUCAAGGAUCUCUCUGUACUCCGUUCAUCUUUACCUCGAUCCUGAGUAGUCUCCCAGUCCCUGCCGCUGAAAAACAACCUCACAGCAUGAUGCUGCCACCAACAUGCUUCACCGUAGGGAUGGUGCAAGGUUUCCUCCAAACAUGACGCUUGGCAUUCAGGCCAAAGAGUUCAAUCUUGGUUUCAUCAGACCAGACAAUCUUGUUUAUCAUGGUCUGAGAGUCCUUUAGGUGCCUUUUGGCAAACCAAGUGGGCUGUCAUGUGCCUUUUACUGAGGAGUGUCUUCUGUCUGGCCACUCUACCAUAAAGGCCUGAUGCGUGGAGUGCUGCAGAGAUGGGAGAACCUUCCAGAAGGACAACCAUCUCCACAUAGGAACUCUGGAGCUCUGUCACAGUGACCAUCAGGUUCUUGGUCACCUCCCUGAUCAAGGCCCUAGGAAGUCUCGGUGGUUCCAAACUUCUUCCAUUUAAGAGUGAUGGCCACUGUGUUCAUGGGGACCUUCAAUGCUGCAGACAUUUUUUGUUAUCUUUCCCCAGAUCUGUGCCUCGACACAAUCCUGUCUCGGAGCUCUACGGAAAAUUCCUUCGACCUCAUGGCUUGGUUUUUGCUCUGACAUGCACUGUCAACUGUGGGAUCUUGAUAUAGACAGGUCUGUGCCUUUCCAAAUCAUGUUCAAUCAAUUGAAUUUACCACAGGUGGACUCCAAUCAAGUUGUAGAAACAUCUCAAGGAUGAUCAAUAGAAACAGGAUGCACCUGAGCUCAAUUGAGUCUCAUAGCAAAGGGUCUGAAUAUUUUUUUUUAUAUACUUUUGAGAAAAAAAAUCUAAAAACCUGUUUUCGCUUUGUCAUUAUGGGAUAUUGUGUGUAGCUUUGAGGACUUACAUUUUUUUUUAAAUCAAUUUUAGAAUAGACUAAUGUAACAAUUUGGAAAAAGUCAAGGGGUCUGAAUACUUUCCUAAUGCACUGUAUGUGUUGGCAACCUAUAUUUUAAGUAAGUAGCACUUCAUCCUGUGCAAAUAUUUUCCUCGUAUUUUCACAUUUAUUUGAUCAGUUUUAUUCAAUUGCAAUAUUUCCUGUUUGUAUGUUUGUUUUAAUGUACAUAGUUUUGUUAAUUUAUUUCAGAUCUUUUUAUGGGAUGAUGGGUUCAAAUAAACAUUUUGAUUAUA